AUGCCUAAAACGAGCUAUAGAUAUAAUAUCAAAGUGCGUGUCACAUUUAUUCUUAAUCAUGGGGCUGCAUGCAAAGAUAGACCUCCUACUGCAAGAGAUUGUGAUGACGUACAGUCCCAAGGCUAUACAUGUAGUGGUGUGUAUACCAUCACACCUGUGCCAGGACGAUCAGUUAAUGUUUUGUGUGAUCUCCAAACAGCCGGUGGUCGUUGGACUAUAUUCCAGCACAGAAAAGACGGUUCCGUAAAUUUUGAUAUGAAUUGGUUCCGUUAUAAAAAUGGUUUUGGCGAUGCGUAUACUGAAAGUUGGAUAGGAAAUGAAAAUUUAUACAGUCUCACUUCUUCUCGUAAAACUGAGCUGUUGAUUUUAAUGGAGGCGUGGGAUGGAGUGUGGAAAUAUGCCAGUUAUUCUCAGUUCUAUAUCAAUUCUGAGUUUGAUAAAUACCGUUUAACAGUUUCAGGUUUCAGUGGAACAGCAGGUGAUAGUCUGAUGCACAUGAUGUCCUUUACCACGCCACAAGGAGGUCAGCAGUUCAGUACGCGUGAUCGUGAUAAUGACGCAUGGCCUCUUCCUUGUAAUCCUACUUAUCACCGAGGCGGAUUCUGGUUCAACAAGUGUGGAGCAUCAGAUCUAAACGGGCAUUAUUAUAGUUCUGCUGUAGAUAUACCCGCAUCCUGUAAUUGGUACACUUUUUCAAACAAUCGACAGUCGCUUAAAACAAUUUUCAUGAUGGUCAGAAAAGUAUGAAUAUAGUUGUGUUUUAUUUUUCUCAUUCGGUUUGUAUAUGUUAUAGAUCCUCCCGCAGGCAGAUUGUCCAAAUCCAAAUUAACAAAACUGUAACGUGUUAAGGUAAGACAGAAUAACUACAGACAAUUAACAUGAUUAAUGUCAAAUACACUGGUUUGAUGCUGUUGCAUGUCUUCUAUCAGAAAAUUCGCAAAAGGACAAAUUACAUAAUUUUAUAUUCCUAAUAUCCGUAAGAGUGUAUUAAUCUUAAAUUGUGUACAGUUCAGCUACAGUUUAUACUGAUAUAUUUUUGUAACUAGGAUGGAUAUGUGUUCACAAAAAAAUCGUACCUUUAUUGAUGCCAA